AUAGCCGCCUGGUUCGUCGAGUCGAGACGAGACGAGACGAGGAACGCCUCCCCGCACCCUUCCUUCUUCCUGCCUUUCUAUCUAUCUAUCUAUCGUUCUAGGGUUUUCUUUUUUCCGAUUUCUAUCACUGACUUCAAUCUCUCCAUCCCUCUUAUUUUCAUUAAUUUUCUUGUUCCUUGGAAUUAUCGUUGAAGAAUAUCGAUUUGAUUAUUGGUUUUAACACUCACUGAUGAGCAAUAGCUGCGAUGGCGGUUCGUCGUUCCCGUUGGACGGGAACGACGAUUUGGCUCGCCAACUUCCUACCGAAGCUUCGCUGAGUGGUGGCGGGGAUGAUUCCGGAGCGCGUUUGGAGUUCGAUUCAGUUGCGGUUGUGGAUCGAUCUGCUUCUGGCGAGGAGAAUGUGUCAUCGGUUGUGAAUCUAGAAAACGAGGAAACUAGAUUCAGUGCUGGGAGUGAAAUUGGAGCGCCGGAGAAGCAGCCGAGUUCUUCCGCGCCAAGCCACAGUGAUAACGGUGAGAAGAAGAUCGAUCUGAGGGUUGGAAAGACGGAGAAGAAGAAAGUGAAACUGGGGGCGGAGGAUUACGAUUCAAUGCUAUCGGAAUUCGAUCAGUUCGCAUCUAAAGGAGUUGGGGAAGCAGUCGGCUACGGGUAUGAGAUAGGAGAUAUGGUGUGGGGUAAAGUAAAAUCACAUCCAUGGUGGCCAGGAUACAUUUACAACGAGUCUUUUGCGUCUUCUUCGGUUUGGAAAGCCAAGCGAAACGGCCAUGUCUUGGUGGCAUUCUUUGGGGACGGUAGCUAUGGCUGGUUUGAGUUGGCGGAGUUAAUUCCCUUUGCGGACAACUUUCUCGAGAAAUCACGGCAAACUACUUCUCGUGGUUUUCAGAAAGCUGUGGAGGAAGCUGUGGGUGAGUUCUCUAGAAGACAGAGCUUGGCUCUAGCCUGUCGCUGUAGAAAUGAGUUCAAUUUUUGGCCAUCGAAAGUUGAGGGUUACUAUGCUGUUGAUGUUGGUGAUUAUGAACCUGGGGUUUAUUCUCUGAGUCAGAUACUGAAGUCAAGGGAGAAUUUUAGGCCGAAAGAGAUGCUUUCUUUUGUUGAGCAAUUGGCUCUGAGGCCUAAGACCAAUCAUCAUCCUACAAUUGAAUUCCAAAAGAACAAGGCCACAGUUUUGGCUUGCAGGAGGGCAAUGUUUGAGGAGUUCGAUGAUACGUAUGCACAGGCUUUUGGAACAACGCCAGUCCGGCCUCCCCGGCCUACUAUGCCAGUGGCUGUGGAUCCGGCUAAAGCUCCGUUGUCUGGCCCACUGGUUUUUGCGGAACCCCUUGGUAAGGGGAAAGCAUUGGCUAAACCUACAAAAAUAAAGGAGUCGAUAGAGGACAAGUAUAUAUUCAAACGGCGAGAUGAGCCGGUUCCCAUGAAUAUCAAAAAAGGAAAUGCAGGCCAAGCAAACCCCCCAGCUCAUCCUCUUUUAUUAGAUGGAUCCAACCUAACUGGGAUGCUAAUGGAAUCGAGCACGAAAGGCUAUAUUCCUGUAUCUAAUAUAAACGAUAGUCAGCUUCAAGCGAUAAACCAACCGGCAUACAUAAACAGUGUUGUUAAACCUUCUGAAGGUGGAAUAAAAAAGAUCAAGGUGAAAAAGCAGCAUGCUCGAGAGUCUAAUACUGAGCAUCCCACUGCGGUUGAGAAGAAGAGAAAGAAAAGUGCAAUCCCCAAGCAGCCUGAUGAAGGGCAGAAUUCUGCUAGUGGUAAACUGGUUGAGAAGAAAAAGAAGAGAAAGAAAGAACUGAAAAUCGAAGAGGGUGUUCGUCCUGCCGAUAACAGCGGGUUAGCGGCCGAGAAAGCUUCAGGAAUGCUGGUUGAUGUUCCGCUUGUCGUUAAUAACCAGCUUGACGCUCGAAAGGAUGUUGUGAUUAUGAGCUCAUCAUCUACGGCUGACAAACAGCAAGCUGUCGAACGGAGGAAACUUGACUUCCCAAGGCUACUGAACGACCUUCAUGCUCUUGCUCUCAACCCUUUUCAUGGAGUGGAGAGGGGCUGCCCUGUUACUACCCGACGGAUUUUCCUGAAAUUCCGUGCGCAUGUCUUUCAGAAGAGCUUGGUUCUAUUCCCUAACGAAAUUGAGAAAAGUGAAGCCGGCUCUAAAGCAUCGUUACUUGCGCCUGCUGCUUCGCGUGGUCCUUCCGAGAAGCCGAGAGACAAGCCGAAGCAUAUGAGACCUGCAGGCAGACUAGAUGAUCCAUCAAAGGGUGGUAAGAAACGCCCGCCGUCGGACAAUCCGGAAGUUGUGAAAAGGAGAAAGCUAGAUGAUUCGCUGGACAUUGAGAAAAGGAAGCACUCCAACUUGGAAGGGAUAAAGAAGAAGAAACUAUUGAGUGAUAAAUCAAUUUCUGGAGAAAAGAGAAUUAUUCCCCAAAGGCCCGGCGAAACACAACAUGAGAAGUCGAAGUUUGUCGGCUCUAAAGGCGCCCCUCCACCUUUGGCGUCUACGAAGGGAAUGAGACAAGAUUCUAGAAAGAGGGUCGAUGUGGCGCCUAAAGCUUCGGAUAGGAAAACCGCGCUGUUCAUGAAGUUUCCUACUGAUGCUGCGCUUCCGUCCCUUGCAGAGCUGAGGGCGAAAUUCACUCGUUUUGGGCAGAUGGAUCAUGACUCCAAUCGGGUUUACUGGAAAACGUCUAUGUGCCGAAUGGUUUUUCUAAGGAAGUCUGAUGCGGACGCUGCUCUGAACUAUGCGCAGAGCAGUAACAAUUUGUUUGGGAACAGCAAUGUUAAAUGCUAUCUUCGUGAGCUGGGCACUGAGGUGGUGCCAGAACCUCAGAGGGAUGAAGCGAGAGCAAUGGCGACAUCAGCAGGAAGAGCACCACCACCUGCGCCACCACUACUACCUCUACCACCAAUGGCAGCGCCAAUCAAGUCGUGCCUGAAGAAAGCGCCUGCUGAAGAAGGUGGCAAUGGCAAUGGGAACGGCAAUGGCAGAGGUACUUCUCCUCGUGUAAAAUUUGUUUUGGGUGCGGAAGGAAAUGCUAAUGCUAAUGCUAAUGGUGGUGGUGGUGGUGGUAGUAAUAGUAGUAGUAGCAGUAGUGGUAAUAGUAGUACAAGUGGAAUUGGAUAUUCAAUGGGAAUGGAUGUUAAGAAUUUGGAAAAGUUAAUUCCAGUGUCGUCGUCGAUGGAGAUGCAAAGAUUUCUGCCUAAUAAUUCUGGGUUGGGGUUGGGGGGCAGUAGUAGACAAUUGGGUUCUUCGUCUUUGUCUUUGUCUUUGUCUUUGUCGUCGUCGUUGGGUACCAUUAGAAGACCUUCAUCUUCUUCUGCAGCUGGUGGUGGUGGUAAUAAUGAUAUAUCCCAACAGUUUGUGAAAUUAUUAAAUCGGUGCAGUGAAGUGGUUAAUGGUCUUACCGAAGCCUUUGGUUAUGUGCCUUACCAUUCCCUUUAGGGUAGGAUAGGAUAGGAUAGGGUCCAUUAAUGGAUGGAUAGAUACCAUACAGUAGCAGCAAGAAGCAGCAGCAGAUUGAGAGGCAGACGGACGCAAAACAACUCAAAGAGAUGGAUUGAGGAUUAGGGUUUCUGGCCGUGAACUUUGAGAAGCCCAGAAAUUGAGUUAGUGAAUGAAUGAUCGGGUGGGGUGUGGCGUCGUCAUUGGAAUGUGUUGUUGGAUUGGUCGGUUGUUUCAGGCUGGCUGUUGUGGUAUUUGUUUUGUUUGGUGUAGAAGUAGUAGUAGUAGUACUCGUAUGUAAUGAAUGAACCAAAUGAACGAAUGGAUGGAUGACUUUUAUAUACUGAUAUUAUUAUUA